UAGUCUGCUUUGCAAAUAUUCGUUGAAAACGGAAAUCGUGCCCUGCUCAUCAGACGCUGAUUCACUUGUUUCGUAGUUCAUAGUUCCUCUCUAGACCCUCCAGGGACGAAGCAGCGUCCAUGGCGAAGAAGGCGGUCAUCUCUUUCCCCAUGGUCUUCUCCAUCCUCUUCGUCUUGUCCUUGAGGCCAUCCGCUGCUUCCUACCGGCCUGGAGAUAUCGUCCCAAUGAGCAGAAUGGGACAAUAUCACUCUAUGCGCACCCCUUGGCACGAUGUGAUCGGAAAACACUGUCCCAUCUUCGCCGUUAAUCGCGAGGUUUUGAUGCCCAUCGCUAAACCUACCGGUUAUACUGGCGCUGAUGCCUAUAAAAUUUCAUUCCAAGUUGGAAGGGAGAAAUAUUUCAUCCCAUGGCUACUUGUGAUUAAUCGCAAAAGCACUGAAGUUCCCAUGAUUGAUGUACACUUGACGUAUUCAGGAAAUGACAUACAUGGUGUUACUGCUAAAGUUAUUGACAUGCCUCAUCGCUAUAUUGAACUUCACCAGGACAUACGGAAGCAAUUCUGGGAUCCUGAACAUUGGCCAAAACAUGUGCUUGUCCGCUACACAUGGGAGGAGAAAUCAGAGAUCGAUGUUGCUGGUGGCUUUUAUGUACUAUUUGCUUCAGGGCUUGUAUUAUCAUUUAUUCUGGCAAUCUAUGUGUUGCAAUCCUCCCAAGACAAGUUAGCAAGAUUUGUAAAGGAGACCAUUGCUGAAAGCAGCGUACCUGGAGAGGCAAAGGUUGAGUAACUUCCUUUAUUCUCACAAAUGGUGCUACUAAUUCUUUGACAAAACUGCUAUGCAAGGCUGCAUGGAAUUGAUCAAGUACUUGUCCACAAUUUGGUUUCUACUUUUGGAGAUCCUAGAAGGUAGACGGGGGGCUGGAAGUGCUACUGAAAGUCAUAUUUUCUUCUAGCUGAAUGUAUGCUUUUGUUCCAUGAGGUUGCUCGAUACUGAAACCAUUUCCUCUGCUCAGUUGAGACCUCCAUGUUUUCCACUGAACUAUAAAGACAACAAGCUUUCAUUUUUUAUGGGUAGCUUUUUUUAAUGCA